AAUGUGUCUUCUGAUAGCCUGCCUUGCCUUCAUCAGUUCCAGCGAGCACUUGAAUCCUGCCCUCACUAAUAUCUGUGAACUCCAGAAGAAUCUACGUAAUAAGAGCAGUUAAGUUAGCUUGUUUUUAAUACAACUCUCUGGUAAUGCUUUUAAUGUUUGGACAUUUAAAAAUAUUUUGGUGCCAAUCCUGCAAAAACUUGCACAGUUAUCAGCAAGUACUUUUAAUAAACUUAAGUUUGAAGCCUUCAUCCUGCAAACACAUAUAUGCAGGCAGUUCUUGAUGCUGGUGUAUAGUCCCACUGACUUCAUUGGGACUCUGUACUGGUUCAAGGGUCUGCUCACCUGGAUCCAUUUACAGAAUUGGGCCCUUAUUAUCUUUAGUUAAAAUCCAAUGUGAAUGUAUUGUUUUCCUUUUUUUGAGUUUUGUUUGUCCACCAACCAAGUGGUUUAAAACUUGGUACAGUGAAUGGCUUUAAAAGGGAAGUAGAUCAGUUGUUGGGAUGUCUGUAGCAGUAAAAGAAUAUGCAAAUUUGUAUGUGUUUAGUCAAAACAAGCUAUGGUUGAACAUCCAUGGAAUACAAGUUUUGAAAAUAAGGUUGAAUACAUUUUCUCCAGUGGACAAACAUCAAGACAUACUGGCUAUGCAUCUUUACUUGGUUCUUUUUUAAAAAAAAAAAAAUACUUAUUCAUAGCUGGCAAAACCCAGGAUGUUGUAGGAAAGGGUACUGGCAAUGCAGUAGAUGGCACUGUUCCCUCAUGUCUGAAUCAGUGUCCCAGCAUGAUGCUAGAAGGCACUGUGUGUUGCUGGAGCUUUUACACGAGUGACUUUAAAUUGAGCUCUCGAUCAUUCAGGAUGGCAUGGUAUUUUUGCAUGGCUGGUCAGAUUGACUCAGUAACUUCCCCCCGCCUGCCUAAAAUUCCUCUGAAGUUUCAAAUGAUCACAGUAUUUUUCCCUUUCUGCCCCAUUUCAGAAGUACUGCUAUGCACCCAGUCCUGCAUGACUCCAUCCAAAUGGCUUCAUUUCAGAGGUUGGCAAGAUUUGUGGUAUAACACAUUUUGUGCUUUGGGAUGUUUGGAUGAAGAGUUUUGUGUGGAUGUCAGUUAUCGUCCUUGCUGUUUAAGGAAUAUUGUGCUAAAUGCACAUUCCCAGAUUGUUUCUUUCAAAUGAUGUUAGUUAAAAUGAAACUACUUUUAAUAAUGGUGCUCAGUAAAUGAUCCAUGUUCAGAUGUAUCAUUCUGCUAAUCUAUUAAAUUUAAUAGCAAAAAUGAUUUAAUCUCAUUACUUUUUUUCCUAGAUACCCUAGAAGAAAUGCUUUUAUAAAGCUACAAAUCCAUUUCUUUGAUUGGACAGAAGUAAUUUCUGAAGUGACCCAUAAUGCCCACAAGUAAUAAGUGAAGGCAUGAGGCAUUCUCCAAAACAUAAAAUUUCAUAAAAUUUUUCCCAAAAUGGGAGAUCUGUCUCUUCUCCAGCAGCUGCAUAGGGAUGUGCUGGUAGGCACUCCUUUAACAAAGAACAGCCAGGAUUAUGCUUCUUUCCUCAAUCCGCAUGUUUCACCACAAGAUUCAUCCGCAAGGGUUAAUGAGUCACAUCAUCAAAUAUGCCCAGAAUCUCCUAACUGGGGCGCUUGGAGCCAUCAGGACUCUGCUGUUUCAGAUGCUCUUGCCCUUGUGACAGAUGUUAAAUCUGAUAGCUUUGCAAACACGAGCUCUUCAAUGUUCUGUUCACGGGAAAUGAUACUGCUACAGUUAACAUUGAUCAAGAUGAUGAUUGCCAAAGUACAGUCCCAGGAAACUGAAUUCAGCAUAAGACAGAAGUACCUUGAUAUAAUAACAAUUCUUCUGAAAGAGACACAAAUUGAUUCAAAAUUAAUUUGUCUAUGCAAUAGUUCUGAUAAACUGUUGUCUCACAUGGCUUCAAAAAGUAUAGCCUCCCUUAUAUAUUUCCAACUAAAGAAAGAGAAUACAUUUAAUGUCACCUGGCUCACUUUUUGUUUGAAGACUCUGUCAGAAUUCCCUAAGAGUGAUCAAGUAGCAGAAUGUCUAUGGAUUCUUAGAGCUAUUAUUAGAGACAUUUUGAAAGAUAAAGAUUUGCACAAAGCAGAUAUCCUGAAAAAGGUUUUCACUCCUCUUGAUACUGUACUUGAAGGAUUUUACAAUUCCAUUUUGUCUCAUCGUUUUAACAGCUUCCAGGAUACUUCACUAUAUUCUAAAGCUGCAAACAACUUGAUCGAAUUCAUAGAUUUUCUUGAAGUUCUUGUGGCCUCAAGAAUCCAAAUAGAGUCACAUUUCAAAUGCCAAAGAAUUUUAUUUUUGAAUACUUCUUGCAUCUUGGACCUCACUUAUUCAUCAGUUCAUUAUUUAAUCAAGAAGAAGUCCAUUAUGCUCCUUAAAAAAUGCAUCCUUUAUAAAGCUAGUGAAGAUUUCAUAAGUGGAUCAUUACCCACUUCAUCCCUACAGGAUCCUUAUUUGGAUAAGGAUAUGUUAGCGCUGGCUAAUGUUGUUUUGCAAGCUGUGAAUUUGGGGUGGCUGAAUCAAAUACCUGUUUCUGAAAAAGCCAGCUAUUUUGGAGGCAGUGAAGCUCAACCUGAGGAUGGCAUCCGCAGUGGUCCUGACCAAGUAAUCCUCAGAGCCUUAAGUUUGGUUUUACUUAAAGCAUUAGAGAUCAAGGUGCAGAACUCUACUACAGCAGCUGAAAUAAAAGCAGACUUGCAGAGUUUCAUGUCCUGGUUAUUGAUAUUCUUGAAGAAACAUCUGAAGUCUUCUCCACAUUUUCAUUCAAAUGUACAUCCUUGUGAGUGGCUUUCCAUGGUCUUUAUAGAACAAGAUGAUGACAUGCUGGAAGCUGCUAAAUCUUUGUUAACAGUUUAUUUAAAGUUUGAUAGGUUAUGGCAUGAUGCUGCUGAUAACUUGUGCCUUGCAGCAGAAGACGACGAAACCUGGAUCUGCCUGACACAUGAGUGUGGCUGUAAUCCUCACUGUAUCUUUUUAUUUUUCCUAAAAAAUAUUGCGUUUGAUUCCACAGUUCUUCUUGACUUUUUGAUUUCAUCAGAAACCUGCUUCCUUGAGUAUUUUGUAAGAUAUUUAAAACUUCUUAGAGAAGACUGGCAUCAUUUUGUCAACAUCUCUAACUGCUUUGAUAUUGCAUCUAAAAGAGGUGUAUGUGUUUCUUUUGUCACCUCAUCCCACCAAGAAAAAAAAACCUGUCUGACAGAUUUAAGUUUGGAAAAUGCUUGUUGUGAUCCAGUACAACACACUCUGGUAUCUUUGGCUUCUUCCCAGAAGCCUUCUGUACCCAUGGAACAGCAAGGUGAUGACCAAGUUGUAAAACCCAACAAGUCUAACUCAUUGAUAUGGACUGAUAACACAUCUGCACUGGAUUGCCUUCAAAGCCUUGUUAAUUAUGACAGUUCAGAAGAUUCUGAAUUGGAAUCAGUGGGAAAGGAGUGUUUGGCAAACAUGAAGCAGAUGCCUUCAAACAAUCAAGGCAGUACAAAGAUAAGGGAAACUGUUUGUAUGGAUGUACAUGACAAACCCCAUACACUUGAACCUAAAGUGUUGCCCCUGAAACAAAAAAGUUCUAAUCCCUUGUCACUCGGGGUAUGUAAUAUGUUUCCAAAUAACCCUGUGCCUGUAGAAAGAAUGCUUUUCAAAUCAGUGAAAUGUCUGGAAGAACUGCAAAAAGCAAUUUCUAGGUUACAGAGAAGAAACCUUUUCCCAUACAACCCAGCUGCAUUGUUGAAACUGUUGAGUCACAUUGAGACAACCAAUAAAAGCAUGAGUCUACUAUAAGACAAUGAAGUGCUAUUGUUGACAUUUUGAAGUGAUUUCACACUAGUAUGUGAUGGAAUGUUUCCACAAGAAGAGUGUACAUGCUCAAAGAUACAUUCCUUCUGGACCUAUCAGCGUGUUUAGACCAAGCAGGCUCAACUGGCUGCCAACUGACACUUUGAUAAGACAAAUCUGCAGCGGUGUUUAAGUACUCAACCUGUUGUCUCAUGGUCCCAAACUUAUUUAUGGUAUGUAUGACAGAGUGAGGGUGAGUUACUGGGUAUUAGCAAAUUUAACAAUAAAUUGAUUAUUGACAGAAAGACAUAAUAAAGUACUUCCACUUGAA